CUGCCAUAAUACCUAGACUCGUUCCCUCCUACCUACCGAGUAAUAGCCUAAUAGGCGAUAUUCACAGCCUCGUCAGCCUCGACUGUGCCUUAGGUCUUCCAAGGUCCAAUCAUUCUCAUACGCAGUCCUCGGCCAUCCCUACCUCGACAUAUCGAGAUUCCAUAGCUUCUUGAAAGCAUCGAGGAGUCGGGGUAGACUGGGUAAGACGGUGACGACACAGUGGCCCCGAGGGCAUGGACUUCACAAAGCUCAGAGCCGCAGCUCUGCGGGACGGAGACGACGAGGAGGCCGUCACGGUCAACACCCGCGCCCUCAUAGACAAAGUCCUCGCCAGAUAUUCAGGAGAAUGGACAACACUGCGAGAACUGCUGCAGAAUGCUGCCGAUGCCCAAGCGACGACCGUCACGAUCAAGUUCGAGACUCUUCCCUCAGCCUCGGUCCCCCUCUCGAACACGACAAAUCAGUCGGAAGUCCUGAAACAUGUUCUUCUGCACCAUACACUGAGGAGAUUGUUGGUAUCAAAUGAUGGACUGCCGUUUGGGGUCAACGACUGGGCGAGGUUGAAGAGGAUAGCGGAGGGAAAUCCGGACGAGACAAAGAUAGGGGCUUUUGGUGUAGGGUUCUACAGUGUGUUUGCAGACUGCGAAGAGCCUUUUGUUAGCUCGGGAGAUCAAGCUAUGGCCUUUUACUGGAAGGGCAAUUCGCUCUUUACCAGAAAGCUACAGAUACCUGCAGAGGAGGCCAACCCCAAUACAAGUUUCGUCCUUGAUUACAGAAACACGACUACCCCAAUGCCGAAUCUCCUGUCAAUCUCACAAUUCCUGGCGACGAGUUUAACUUUUGUAGCAUUGCAGAACAUUGAACUCUGGGUAGACGAUUGGAAGAUUAUAUCGCUCCAAAAGAAAGCCGCUCCCAGUGUCGAGGUCCCUAUCGCCCGAGAUGUUGAAACGAAGACAAAGGAAGGGUUGAUGCAGGUUAGGAGUAUGGAUCGCGAGAGUGUGCAGAUGGACGCGACUUUUAUGAACGUUGUCGGCUGGAAACCUUCACUCACAGUUCCAAAACCAGGAACCUAUGACAGUGGCUACGGGAGCAAUUCUACUGAUGUGCCAUCUUUGAGAUCGUUCUUUUCGAGACUCACUUCAAGUUCUAGUCAUACACAACUGAAGACUAAAGCAAUGCGGGAAGCGCAGGCUUUACAGGAGGUGGUUCUCGAAGAUCUGACAGCCUUGACGACUGCACAUGUUUUCUUACGGGUCACAACUGCAGUGGUCAGAACAUCCGUCUCUGCAUCAUUCGCCUCUGAACUAGAACGCGCUACAAAGAAGCCCCCUCCGAAGACCACAAAGCUCGCGAUUCUCACGUCUUCAUAUGAUGAGACAGCAGCCUCUGCCAAAGAGAGUGCUGUGUCCAAGGCCGUAGAUAUUUUCAGUUCGGUUCUUCCAAGCAAGAAGCCAGGAGGUCGUAUCUUUAUUGGCUUUCCCACGCAUCAGACCACUGGAGCAGGCAUGCACCUCUCGGCCCCAUCAGUCAUUCCCACGGUUGAACGAGAGUCCAUCGACCUGAAUGCUAGAUGGGUCAGGACUUGGAACAUUGAGAUGCUCCGAGUUGCGGGCAUUAUGGCUAGAUUGGCGUUUGCAAAUGAGAUGGCAGACCUCUCUGAAAAAGUCAAGCGUGCCGCAGAACUGGCUGGCCAUGGAACCAAGGUCAAGAAGGAACAAAUUGCAGAAUUCAUGCCCGAAGCAUUACACAUACUCAGGACAUUUACGUUUGGAGAUUCUACCCCCAGCUCGCAAGUGUCGCAUAUCAUCGAGGAAGCUUUCUGGACGGCUUAUAAAAAACCCUUCAUAGAAGUCUACAGUACCCGAGGCGUGCUCCCAACCACCAAUGUCCGGCUCGCCAAGGAAGAUCUAAGCGGUUUCGUCGAAGGAAUUCCCGUGGUGCCGGAGGCCCUGGUGGAAGAGGGAUUCGUGAAUAAACUCAAGGAGUUUGGGUUGAUUACGGACAUUACAAUAAGCGAUGUCAAGCAGGAGUUGGAAGCGAAGGCUUUGAAUAAGAGUCAACUCAUCCAGUUCAUUGGUUGGGCCGGCCGAAAAGCAAUCACUGGAGAUAUUGAUGGACCGACAAUAAACUCCUUGAUGGAGGUUGCCGUUGCGACAGUGGGCGAAGAGGACCAGGGUGGUGUCAUUGCUCUGGGAAGCAUAAAGAAUUACCUGAACGUCAAUAAGAUACCGGCAGAAGUACCAACUCCACCGAGCACGAUACCUUUCCAAUUUACUCGUCAGUCAUCGAGUAACGAGCUCCAAGCUUUGGGAUGGGAGCCUCUCGAAAUCGUUCCUUGGCUCCGUUUCUUGAUAGAAACGAAUAAUACUAGAGAUGCCUCUCAGAGUCUUACUGCCUCCGUCCGGUUCGCUGCCCAAAUCCUUGCUAUCCUAUCCAAGUCAUGGGAUACUUUAAGUCAAAGCUCGAAAACGACAGUUGUGGAGUUACUGCGAUAUAUCACCGUGGUUCCCACCACGUCCGGUAUGAAGCAGCCGGGAGAUGCCUUCUUCCCUAGCGUCAAGCUCUUCGACGACCUUCCAACCGUUACUUCAUGCCCCGGUGUGAAGGAGAAAUUUCUCGCGGCUAUCGGAGUCCGAAAGACGGUUGAUCUUGAAACCAUUUUCAGUCGUCUGCUCACUCCCGCCCCAGAUGCCAAGGAAGGUGAGAUUUCAACUAAUAAACGUCACAUGGAGGUGAUAAAAUACCUGGCAUCUGUUAAAGAUGACAUCCCAGCCGAAGACUUGAAAAAAUUGAAGAAUUCACGGAUCUGUCCUGCUGAAGCCGGUCCAAGAGGUCAAGAAAAUACGCUUGCAACUGCUAAACUAUACAGAGUUUCUGAGCUCUUCGAGCCUAAAGAGACUCUCCGCAACCUCCGGCUGCCUCUUCUCCAUUGGCCUGGCCAACUCAACAACUAUCGACCUGGGUCUGUGGAAGGCCGCUUUUUGACUAUGCUCGGUCUCAGAGCAUAUCCCUCUGUUCCAGAGUUGAUUGAUAUGAUGGCAUCGGGUGAAGUAGAACUGAGAAAUAGGGCCAUGGUAUACUUCAUUGCGAAUCAUAAUAUCAAUCAUUAUGAUGCUUUUGAUGUCUUUUCCACAACUAAACCAUUCCUGCCGUUACAAGGGGAUGGGAGUCGCUUAGUUUCGCCCGCCGAGUGCUUCACGAACGAGAAAUGUGCUGUCCUUGGGUUCAAUAUCCUGAAGAGAGAGCUACACAACCAUGCUAGUAAAUUCGGCGUUGCCGUCGAUCCACCUAUUACCGAAUGUGUCAACAGACUCAUCGCGAAACCACCUCAAUCUACGCGAGAAGCAUCAAUACUCUUCGGGUAUUUUUCCGGUCGACUCGGUGAAAUUGGACAGAACAACGUGUCUAAGCUUGCCGAUGCUCGCAUCGUACCUGUUAUAUCUCAACGAACGACUGAAAAUGGGUUCGUGGAUGAGAAGGGCAAAGGUCUUGGAGCUGUGAAACACAUAACUCCCAGACAAAGUUACCUGGGGAGCUCAACUCUAUAUAAUGAGAUCUUUGACUUCGUGGAUUUCGGUAACGAAGCCAAUGCGUUCUUGCUGAAAUGUGGCUCUAAAUUCGAACCGACCAAACUGGAGCUCGCAGCCUUUGCAUGCAACGAACCGGCUCGUCUGCUGGGCAUUCUGCAAAGUCCCGAGAAAUAUCUGGCUAUGCUGAGGAGCUUAGCGGAUGAAGUUGCUACGUUGAAGAGAGAUAAGGUCCUCUGGAAACGGAUGAAGGCCUCGAAAUUUCUUCUAGGGUCGAUUGAGAUUGCUGGAAAUACCGAGAGUCGGAAAUCAGUAAAUGAAGAGUCUAGCAACAGGGAGAAGUCGGAAAAGUUUUCAGUGUCCCACGAAGAGUUCAUGGCUGAUGAUGACCUCGAAGAGGCGCCCAUCAAGCAAUACCAGUUAGCUAUGCCAAGUCAGAUUGUGAUUGUUGAUGAUUAUACAAGCUACCGAUUGUUCAAAGGUUCUCUCGUGUGUGCGCCGAUGGAGGACAAGUUAGAAGACUUCUAUAUUGCACUUGGGUCAUCUCCACUUGGAAGCCUUGUUCAAGAGGAUCUUCGACUCGGCUCACCAAGCGAGAAGCAAACGUCAGCUGUGAAACUCCGCCAACACGUUCUCGAGCGAUCAAAGCUAUUCCUUCACGAGUCUGCUCGAGAUAACAUAAAGCAUGACAGUCGCUGGUUGGAUAAGAACCUUUCGGUGCAGAACGUCAGCUCUAUAUCUCUACGCCGUUCUCUUACCGGUCAUUCUCUGUCGCAUACAGAAAAACGAUCAGCAGCAAUUUCGAGUGAACGGCACAAGGGCUGGACACUCUACAUUACCGUUGGAAAUUAUGAUACCUAUCAGAUCAGCCAAGCGGUCUGUAAGUUACUGCUUGAGCGUCCAACUCAGCAAUCAUACCUCACCUUCGAGACCUUCCUCAAUCUCAACCUGUUGCAAUUGCGCUCCCGUGGAUACAAUGUAGAACGUAUUCUACGAGCUAAAGCAGCAGAGCAACGAAUAGCAGAGGAAGAGCGUAAAAAGCAACUUGCAGCUGAGCAGGCACAGAUCAAAGAGCAAGAAGAGGAGUGGAAACGGCAAGCCUUGGUUGAAAGUGCUCCUGCUCGUGAGGAUCGUGAACAAUCUCCGCAGCCAAAAAUGCCUGGUUCCUUCGGGUCAGACUCUCCUCCAGAGGAUAGGAGACGUACCAGAGGUUUGUUUUCUGGUCUGACUCGCCGACUUGGCAUUAAUAGCAGUGGCGAAGUUCAACAACAACUUCAGAGCUUCCUUGGCGGUGACCAUCCGGACUCCACACCACCACCCACCUAUGACGAAGCAAACGCGAACAAUGGUGCUGUUACUAAGUCUGCUGGUGGCAAGGCAGGUGGUGGCACGGAACAAGUUUCCUCUCCUGCAGCUGUACAACAAAAUCUCCUAAACGCAAUCCAAAGCUCUCGUGCCUACGACUCCUCAACCCUUUUCUCACCUCCAACUACGCAGCAAAUCAAAGAACAGGCCUCAUACUGUGAUUCCACGCCUGAAUCGAACAUCACUUUCCUCGCGGACUCCGCAAAUGGGAUGCGCAUCUUCGUCUCCAAGACUCUCUCCUCGACCACCGACUUCUUGACCCAAAACUCCUCCGCUUUAAACGCCUUUGCUUCCCUCAUAUACGAAGUAGCGGACGUGUAUACCUUACCGAGGAAAGCACUGCAUAUCUUCUACGACGAGAGUGGCGGCACAAUUGCAUUCAAUUCCAACGGGAGCAUAUUCUGCAACUUCAGAUUCUACGCACAAUUGCAUCAGAGGAGGAUUGGAGUGGGAGAAGGCAAGGUCGAGGCGAUUUCGUACUGGUGGGUUGUGAUAGCACACGAAUUAGCUCAUAAUCUGGUCAAGGCGCAUAGCGCCGACCAUAGCUUCUAUACCGAGAUGCUCGUCUCCAACUACUUCCCCAAGAUGAUGGCGAAAGCAACCUCGUACAUGACCGCAGCGCCCGCGAGGCGACAGGUCGAAGAUGUCAGUUUGUUGGACUAGGAUUGUUGCUUCUUGUGCUGGCUUGUUCUGCAUAGCUUGCGUUCGGGGUUGGAGUUGUGUUUGUAUGCAUUAGAUGGGAG